CGCACGUCGACGCAGUCUCGCGCCCCAGCCGACCGUUCGCCAUGGGUUUCAUGGACCUGUUCAAGAAGAAGGACCCCAAGGAGAUGGUCCGGAAGUGGCAGUCCAAGCUCCGCUCGGAGAUGCGCGGCGUGGACCGGCAAAUCAGGGAUAUCCAAAGGGAGGAGAAGAACGUGACCAAGUCCAUCAAGGACUGCGCCAAACGCAACGACAUUCGCAGCAUGAAGGUGCUGGCCAAGGAGAUCGUCAACAGUCGCAGGGUGGUGUCCAGGCUGUAUCAUAACAAGGCGCAGAUGAACUCGGUGUCCAUGAUGCUCACCGAGCAGCUCGCCACGGUCAGGUCCGUUGGGCACAUCACCAAGUCCACCGAGGUGCUCAAGGCGAUGAACGGGCUGAUCAAGCACCAGCAGGUGACGGACACGAUGCGGGACAUGUCCAAGGAGAUGAUGAAGAGCGGGCUCAUUGAGGAGAUGCUGGCCGACGCCCUCGACGACGGGAUGGAGGAUAUCGAGACGGAGACGGACGAGGAGGUCAACAAGAUCCUCGCGGAACUGGCGGGCGAACACAUGGCGAGCAUGCCCGCCGCGGAGACGCACACCUUGGCCGCGCCCAAGGUGGCGGAAACCGCGCGGCAGGAGGCGGAGGACUCGGAGCUCAACAACCUCCAGGCCAGGCUCGACGCCAUCAGGCAGGAGGCGUCGUGAGGACCGGACGGACCCGCCGCGUGUACUAGCAGUGACUGGUGUAAAAACAAUUAAAUCUUGCGACUCG